CUUUUACGAAAAAAAAAAAAUGGAUUUGAAUUCACUUUUUGGCGUUAAAGAUAAAAUUGUAUUGAUUACAGGAGGAUCAAGAGGGAUUGGACUUAUGAUAGCAACAGGAUUCGUUGCUAAUGGAGCAAAAGUUUAUAUUUCUUCAAGAAAUAAAGAUGUUUGUGAUAAGGUUGCUAAAAACUUAUCUGAUAAAGGUCCAGGGAAAGCUUUUAGUAUACCAGCCGAUAUACAAAAUUUAAGUGAAGUCAAAAGAUUAGCUGGUGAGAUUGAAAAACGUGAAGGAAAGUUGCAUGUUUUAAUCAAUAAUGCUGGUGCAAAUUGGGGUGCUCCGUUUGAUUCUUAUCCGGAUGAAGCGUUUGAGAAAGUUAUAAACUUGAAUGUUAAAAGGAUUUUCAGUUUAACACAAGCAUGUUUACCAUUACUUGAGAAAGCAGCAUCAUCAAAGGAUCCAGCUAGAGUAAUUAAUAUUGGAUCAAUUGAUGGUAUAUAUACACCAUUCUUGGAGACUUACGCAUAUCCAACUUCAAAAGCAGCAUUACAUCAUUUAACUAGAGUAAUGGCAGGACAUUUAUCAAAUCGUCAAAUUACAUUUAAUAAUAUUGCACCUGGACCCUAUGAAUCAAAGAUGAUGGCUAAAACAUUAAACGAUUAUGGUGAAAUUAUUAGGUCAAAUGUACCUUUGGGUAGAAUUGGUGCACCUGAAGAUAUUGCUGGCACUGCUAUUUAUUUAUCUAGUAAAGCUGGUGCUUUUACUAAUGGUGCUACUAUUUCUGUUGAUGGUGGUUCUUUAGUUAAACCUUCUAGUAGUAAAUUAUAAAUCUAGUAGUAAAUUAUAAAUUAUAACAAAAAAAAAAAAAAAA